AUGGCAGAGCACGCCCCCGGGAAAUACCUCUACGACCCGUCACUUGCCGCUGCCGCUACCUUUGCCGCCUUGUUCGGAAUAUCCACUGCUUGCCAUCUCUUCCAAUUAUGCCAGAGCAAGACUUGGUACUUCAUCCCUUUCUUCAUCGGGUCCAUAUUUGAAGUCGCGGGCUACGCAUCACGUUGCGUCAAUGCAACCGAAACUCCAGAUUGGUCACUGGUACCCUUUAUAAUCCAGACUCUUCUCCCUCUGUUAGCCCCAGCGUUAUUUGCGGCCUCGAUAUAUAUGAUUCUGGGGCGAAUCAUCAGAACUCUUGAAGCCGAACAACUGUCCCUCAUUUCGACCAGGUGGUUGACCAAGAUUUUCGUGUUUGGCGACGUGUUCUCAUUUGCGGUCCAGUGCAUCGGCGGUGGGAUUCUUUCUGGCGCAGACAGCAAAAAUACCCUCGAACGUGGCCAGAACGUAAUACUAGUCGGUCUAGGGAUCCAAAUUCUCUUCUUCGCGUGCUUUAUCGCCGCCAUAUCUCUCUUUCAUGUUCGCAUCAUCCGCCGCCCAACGACCACCAGUCUCGGAGCUCAAGUGCCCUGGAGACAAUUCAUCCUCAUCCUCUACUUUUGUUCUAUCCUGAUCCUGGUGCGGUCAGUGUUUCGGGUUGCUGAGUUUGCCGCAGGGCAGGACAGCGUGCUCCAGAAGUCCGAGGUGUACUUGUACUGCUUGGACACGGCUCUCAUGCUUAUAUGCUCAGUGACAUUCAAUGUGUGGCAUCCAAGCGGGGUUGUGUCAUCCCGCAGCCCGAAGGCUAAUUACACUGAUAUUGAGUUGGAAAACGGCCAGGCCCAGGGCACAGCGCCUAACAGUUAG